AUGGAGCGCAUCGACACCCACAGCCAUGCAAUCCCUGCUCGAUGGCGGCAGCAUUGUAUGGACCUGGGUUAUGGGGACACUGACGGCAUCUCGAUGGUACAGGGCUGGACCGUCGAGGCGCACCUUGCGACCAUGGACAAUGCCAAGAUCUCGAAGAGCAUAUUGAGCAUCACCUCACCUGGCACGCACUUGAAGCCAGGGGACGACGCCUUUGCUCGCAGGCUGACUCGCGAAACCAACGAGGAUCUCGCUGAUAUCUGUGCUGCGCACCCGGACCGAUUUGCGUUCUUUGCAAGCCUACCACUUCCGGAUAUUGAGGGCUCCCUCGCCGAGAUCGACCAUGCCUUGGACCACCUCGGUGCCGUGGGCUUCUCGGUCAUGACGAACGCACACGCCGUGUACCUAGGCGACCCAGCGCUGGACAGGGUCUUCGAGAAGUUGAACUCGCGACGCGCCGUGGUCUUUAUGCAUCCGACCUGUUGUCGAGUAAAUCUUCCAGUCGCCAACGGCGUUGCUCCUCAAGCGGUCGCCCCUCUGACCCAGUAUCCGCGACCCAUGCUCGAAUUCCUCUUCGACACCACCCGUGCCGUCAGCAACCUGAUCCUCUCCGGUACUGUGGCGCGAUACCAGUCCAUCACGUUCGUCGUCCCUCACUGCGGCGCUGCCUUACCGCCUGUGAUCGAGCGGUGUGUUGGGUACAUGCCGCGCACGGUCAGCCCCAGCUUGCCCAUUACCAGCGACGACGUCAAACACCUGUUCAAAACGCGCUUCUUCUUUGACCUCGCGGGCUACCCAUUCCCGGAUCAGAUUCACGGCCUGCUGCGCUUCACGGAGCCCUCAAGGCUUCUGUACGGGACGGACUAUCCCUUUUACAAGGCCGAGGCCGUGUAUCGGCUGGGCGGAAUCAUGGAACAGCGAGCGCUGGAGAUAUUCAACGACGAGACGAGGAAGGGGAUCUUUGGCGCGAACGCGAGAAGGCUGCUAUGGCCCAAAUUAAAAAACCAUGCUUAG